AUGUUAGCUGGUAACCUUUCCGUGUUGGAUCUUCUCUAUUCAGACGUUGAACAUAAUCAGUUCGAAGAACUGCUCUACGACAAGAUCGUCAACAGGCGAAGAGGUGGCAUUUACUAUGAGCUCAACGGCCUCUUUCAAUGGCUUCUGAGGAGUCUCGGAUAUGAUCUUAUUUUACUAGCAGCAAGGGUGUUUGACAUUGAGACCAAGAAGCUUGGUCUAGAGUUUGACCACAUGGUCUUGUCUGUGGCUAUUCCAGAUUGUCAGCAUGAACGUUAUCUGGUUGAUGUUGGGUUUACCUUACCUGGUGGCGCUUGCCCUAUACUGAUCAUGGAUGGCACUAUGGGCAGGCUGGGUAAAGUGGACAUUCGGCUGAGACUUGAAUAA